CGUUAGUGCGGUACGGUGUCAAUCUCCCUCCGUACGAUGACGUGUCGAAAAUUAAGAGGCUAGGCUCCUGAGAAAAACACGCACUGCAAGGACAGAACCUGAGACAUGUUCUUUUUUUCUUCCUCCUCACCCUCAAAAUAUGUUUUCUUCGAAAGGGAAGAAACGUGAAGAGUCCAAAGCGCGCACUGUAUUGACUGUUGACCCCACUGACCCUCGACAAUGUGGUAAUUCUUUGCACUUCGUUUGGCCAAAACCGAAAUUAACAAAACUCAUUUUUCCAAUGGGGUGUGCCAGUUUUUCCUUCCUCCUUAAAAUUAUUCCUUCCCCCUUUCAAUCCCUUUGACCCUUUCUGCAUUUCAGAUCUAAGACCAUAAGACAACACAACCCAUUUGGGUUCAUCACUCUCUACAGAACAAGGAACUCCAAUUGGGUACCACUAGAUUAUAAAGAUUUCAUUUUUAUUAUUCUUCUUAUUAUUAAAUAUUUAAGGGUGGGGGCGAGAGAAGGAGAAGAAUGGGGUUAGUUGAGGUCCAAGAAAACGGGAACGGUAAUGGAGAUGGAAUCUCUGAGAUUCCGUUGGGGACCAAAACAAAAUACAUCAAGAUGACCUCUGAUCCAGUUGAGGAAGAUGAAGUUUUGCAAAGCAGGAAGUAUGAGACUAAGAAAUAUAUCUUUGCAUGUGCCGUUUUUGCUUCUCUCAAUUCCGUGCUUCUCGGCUAUGAUGUGGGUGUUAUGAGUGGAGCAAUUAUAUUCAUUCAGGAGGAUCUGAAGAUAAGUGAGGUUCAGCAAGAAGUACUAGUUGGAAUUUUGAGCAUAAUAUCACUGUUGGGUAGUUUAGCUGGUGGAAAGACAUCUGAUGCGAUUGGCCGAAAAUGGACAAUUGGUUUGGCAGCAGUUAUCUUCCAAACAGGUGGAGCUGUUAUGGCUCUUGCUCCAUCCUUCAAAGUGUUGAUGAUAGGCAGACUCAUGGCUGGGGUGGGUAUAGGUUUUGGUGUCAUGAUUGCACCCGUCUAUAUUGCUGAAAUUUCUCCUGCCAUUGCUAGGGGAUCUCUUACCUCUUUCCCUGAGAUAUUUAUAAAUUUUGGAAUCCUUCUCGGCUACAUAUCAAACUAUGCAUUUUCGAGGCUUCCAUCACAUAUAAAUUGGAGGAUAAUGCUUGGUGUGGGACUUAUCCCUUCACUUGUUAUUGCUAUUGCACUGUUUGUCAUACCUGAAUCCCCAAGAUGGCUAGUGGUGCAGAAUAGGAUUGAAGAAGCUAGAGCAGUGUUGUUGAAGAUAAAUGAGAGCGAGAAGGAGGCUGAAGAAAAGUUGCAAGAAAUUCAGGUAGCUGCUGGGUCAGCUAAUGCUGACAAAUAUGAACCGAAAGCUGUCUGGAAAGAAAUAUUGUGCCCUACUCCUCCUGUUAGAAGAAUGCUUAUAACUGGUUGUGGAAUUCAGUGUUUCCAGCAGAUUACAGGCAUAGAUACAACUGUAUAUUAUAGCCCCACAAUUUUCAAGAAUGCUGGGAUCACUGGUAACUCUGAGCUUCUUGCAGCAACAGUUGCUGUUGGGUUCACCAAAACUCUGUUCAUCUUGAUAGCCAUAUUUCUUAUUGACAAAUUGGGGAGAAAGCCUUUGCUUUACGUGAGCACAAUUGGGAUGACAGUAUGUUUAUUUAGCCUGAGCUUGUCUCUAGCUUUUCUGAGUCAUGCAAAAGUUGGGAUUGCAUUAGCAAUUCUUGCAGUGUGUGGAAAUGUAGCUUCAUUCUCAGUGGGACUUGGCCCCAUAUGCUGGGUUUUGUCAUCUGAGAUAUUUCCUUUGAGACUAAGAGCUCAAGCAUCAGCUCUUGGAGCAGUGGGAAGUAGGGUCAGUAGUGGUGCAAUCUCCAUGUCGUUCCUCUCAGUCUCUCGCGCAAUCACCGUAGCAGGAACAUUCUUUGUUUUUGGCAUUGUUUCGUGUUGUGCCGUUGCCUUUGUUCAUUAUUGUGUUCCAGAAACAAGAGGGAAGACUUUGGAGGAAAUUGAAGUACUCUUUAAAGACGAGGAUGAUUUGCAAGAAAGUGAGGUAGAAAUGGGAGAUGUAGAGCGUCUGAUGCAGAAGUCGUGAGUUGGUGGCAUACCAAACGUUUAAAACUAAAAUUCCUAGAUAUUUCAAAUCUAGUAUUAUACUCGUUUGGUUCUUUUGUAAUAGCGGGCAUUUCUGCUUUUACAUCAUAAAGGAUUUGUUCUGCGUGGAGAGGGACAUGGUUUAUAUAUAUAUCCUAACAUGAAGCCACCAGCACCAAUAUAAGCUUUUAGUAUAUCUUAAUGUUUAUAUGUAUUCGAUUAUUUUUUACAGUCUGUUGAAGAGGAGUUGAUAUAGCAUUGCUUCAUGUAGCCAUAAUUGGAAUUCUAUUGUCUCUUUCACAUCACAUGCUUUCUGUGUCUCCAUUUACAA